AGCGCGUAUUUUGCAGCACUACGGCUGUGGUUUUCGUUGCGUGCGGUUGUGUUUUGAUGGUUGGUUUUAUGUAGUAGUUGGUUGUCCCAUUAUCCCUAAUCGAAAUAGAGAAAAUUAAUAAUAAGUUGGUACGCCCAUAAAGCAAAGGGAGUCAUUACCGAGGACAAAGAAUUACAACGAAAAUAGCACCAACGAAUCUAAAACGCGUCGUUUCCGAGUGUUAUCGUUGCUGCUGCCGUUGUUGUUAUUAGUCUGGGAGUUGAAGAAGUAGCGGAGUGGGAGCAAAGGUAGCCGGCAUUCGAAGUGUAUUUGUAUUUACUUUGGCUUGCCGAGCCUGUACUCUAUCUUAGCCGUCAUCACCAUGUCGUCCACCGAGGUAAAAUUGUCGCGUCUAUUGGGACUAGCGCAAAAGUUUAAUAAUUUCUACUUGACAGGCUUUCAUAAGGAUGACAUACGUCCAUUUCUAGUUGGGGGUCAGCAAGUCGGUCUCAUUAAAGCGGAUGUCUACAAGCAGCUGCUCAAGUUUCCUGAAGUGUUCUGCAUACGUGACUGUCAAUAUACCAAGCAGGGUCUGGUUGAGCUGAAUCCGGCAUUCCGGGACUAUAACGAACGUACCGUACACCUGGAUGAAGUAUUACGUAAUCUGCGCAGCGAUGGCUCGUUCUCGGCAUUGAAAGGAUGGCGGGAUGAGUGCUUCGAGGUGAAGUUCGAGCACAAGGCACUGCUGAAGAUGGAGCGAGCGGCAACGCCGUUGUUUGGCGUACGCAAAUAUGGUGUAGACAUCAAUGGAUAUGUUCGGCAUCCGCAGCACGGCUUGUGCAUUUGGCUGCAGCAACGCUCCAACACCAAAGAAACCUGGCCUGGCAAAUGGGAUAAUAUGGUGGGCGGCGGUCUAUCCGUUGGGUUUGGCAUUAUGGAGACGGCCGUUAAGGAGGCCGCCGAGGAGGCAUCCAUUCCAAAAGAUCUCGUCAAGAAUCUGGUUUCAGCCGGCUGUGUCUCGUUCUUUUUUGAGAGCGAUCAGGGUCUGUUUCCCAAUACUGAAUAUGUGUUUGAUUUGGAGCUGCCAGUGGACUUUGUGCCACAGAACGCCGAUGGCGAGGUGCAGGCAUUUGAGCUGUUGCCGGCCAACGAGUGUGUGGAGCGCGUAUUCACGCCGGAUUUCAAGACAACAUCGGCGCCCGUGGUUAUCGAUUUCUUAAUACGACAUGGCUACAUAACAGCCGAGAAUGAAAUAAAUUUCACGGAGAUUGUGGAGCUGCUGCAUGUGCCGCUGCAGUCAUUGUACACGUACAAAACGCGUCUGGAGCAGAAACUGCAGCAGCACCAGUCGACACUGCCCAAGGACGAUAACAAUUGCAACUGCGACAGUGUGCCAAAGAGGCCGCUGGAAAACGGGCACAACAAAAAAGAUGGCGCUUAGGCCUUAACAUAAUGGCAACGGAAAUUGGACAUCGAAUGGGAAAUGGAACGUGAAUCGUGACCACUGCAUGGAUGGAUAGCUGUGGAUUUGUUUGAGAGACUGCUUUUGUAGUGGGAUUUGUGAAAUCCAAAAGAAAAGAAAAAGAAAAAUCAACAGCCAAUAAUAUACACACGAAUACAUAUAUACUAUAUAUAAUAUAAUAUAACUGAAAAGGAUAAGGAAAGUGGUGAGAAAAGCAAAACAACCAAUCAACCAACCAACCAAACGAAACGAAACAAGUAUGGCCUAUUAAACUAAUUAUUAUUUAAUAUAAAGGCAACAAUUAAUGUUAAAUUUUAUGUUUACUGUGUGGAAGUCAAAAUGUAUGUACUUUAUAUAUAUUAGUAUACGCAUGCUUAUAUGGGAUACUUAUAUAUUUAUGAAAUUAUUUAAAAUAUUUAUUAUAUAUAUACGUACCACAUGCAUAAGCAAAAGCAUAAGCUAAAUAUACAUAUAUAUACUUACAUAUAUCCUACUAUAUAUUUGACAAAAAUGCCCGCAGAUAAGUUACUAAUAGUUUGUUCUUUGAUAUUCCAAUCAUGUAAUAAUUACAAAAUGAGGUGACGCCACAUUCUUAGAGUUUUUGUGAAAAAAUAAAUACUAGUGAACACAAA